AUGCCCCACCUGGGCAAAUCUUUUCCCGAAAAUUUUGGAAUGGCUUUAGAUGAACAACAGAAGCUAUUAAACACAGGUCGUUCCCAGUUAUCCGUCACUAUAGUGGAAGUUGGAGGAACUCCCAAUCCCAGCCCUCUGUCGGAUCGGAGUAACGAGCAACUUCUUCAAACGCCUUUGGAUUCAGCUUCGAGUACGACAUGCUGUCAAGGCGUAAAUCCGACUAGUCUCCUGCUGGAAAACCCGCCGAAAUGGGGGGAAGCGGCGAGGUACGCUGUCAAACAACAUCGGAAAAUAGCCGGCAGAGCCACUUUCCAAGGACAAGUUUACAACUUUCUGGAAAGGCCUGAUAACUGGAAAUGCUUCCUUUAUCAUAUUAUAGUGUGA